GUCGCUCGCUCUCUCUCACACGCAUGGUGCAGUCUAGGAAAUUCAAACGACCGUCGAAGGGACCGCCACUCAGUUCGUUUUUGAAAGCGCAACUCGCCAGUUAGUGUCAGAAGCACGGGUGCGAAAAUCAACGAAGCUGUUUAUUUUGAUUUCAGGCAAAAAAAUCAUCAGAAAUCCGAGAAUUGCCUUCGAGAAAUUAGUGAGCAAAGAAAGCAACGCUGAGCCGUAUUGCUGCAACAUUGCAACCUGCAACACGCCACUACUCCUCCUUGUCCAUUUCCGCAUAUAGGCAGUGAACAAGACGCGAAAACAGCCAAAGCGUAUGCGGCAUUAAUGGUGCCACAUUAGGUGCAACCUGCAACCUGCAACUGCCACAGCGACAGCAACUCGAACCUUCCUUUUGGGAACCUGCAACAGGCACCACGGCGUUCCUACAGCAGCGUCGCCUCUUCGGCGGCGGCAAUGUGCCACCGACGUCCGUGCCGUCGUCGAUGAAGCACCAGCCGCCGCCGCCGCCCCUCCCCCUCAGCCAGCCGCCCUCGCUGGGCGGCGCCACCGGCGGGGUGGUGGCCAGCGCCAUCAGCAGCCUCAACGGCAACAACAACAACAACAGCAGCGCCACCAACGGCCUUGAAGCGGGAAAGUGCCGACCGACCCUCUACCCCAAACCGAAAACACCUUCCUUUGACAAGGACCGGGACUAUAUAGGGUUCGCCACCUUGCCGGAGCAAGUGCACCGGAAGUCGGUGAAGCGGGGAUUCGAGUUCACCCUAAUGGUGGUGGGCGAAUCCGGCCUGGGCAAGUCCACCCUGAUCAACAGCCUCUUCCUGGGCGAUCUCUACAAGAACCGACAGAUGCCCAACGUGGAGGAGCGGAUCGAGAAGACCACCAAGGUGGAGAAGAAGACGAUGGACAUCGAGGAGCGGGGCGUGCGCCUCCGGCUGACGGUGGUGGACACUCCGGGAUUCGGGGAUGCUGUCAACUGCGAGGACAGCUGGCGGGUGUGCACCCAGUACAUUGACGAGCAGUUCCGCCAGUACUUCACCGACGAGAGCGGCCUGAAUCGCCGCAACAUCCAGGAUAACAGGGUCCACUGCUGCCUCUAUUUUGUGCCUCCGUGGGGACACAGCCUGCGCCAAAUGGACCUGGACCUGAUCCGACGACUGCACCGCAAGGUGAACAUCGUCCUGGUCAUCGGCAAGGCGGACUGCCUCAACAAGCAGGAGGUGCGCAAGCUGAAGGAGCGCAUCCUGCAGGACCUCGAGGACAAUCAUAUCCAGCUGUACCAGUUCCCCGAGUGCGACUCCGAUGAGGACGAGGACUUCAAGCAGCAGGACCGCGAGCUGAAGGCCUCCAUUCCGUUCGCCGUCGUCGGGAGCAACACCAUCCUGGAGGUGGCCGGCAAGAAAGUGCGCGGCCGGCAGUAUCCCUGGGGCGUGGUCAACGUCGAGGAUCCCGAACAUAGCGACUUUAUCAAGUUGCGCACAUUUUUGAUAUCCACGCACAUGCAGGACCUCAAGGAUACCACACAGGAUGUGCACUACGAGAACUUCCGGGCGCAGUGCAUCUCCCAGAUAUCGCAGCAUGCCCUGCGCGAGCGGGGCAAGUUGAAGCGGGACUCGAUCAGCUCGACGAACGGGUUCGACGCGGCCAUCUCGGAGACGGACCGACUGCUGCUGCAGAAGGACGAGGAGAUCCGGCGCAUGCAGGACAUGCUCACCCAGAUGCAGGAGAAGCUCAAGCAGACCCAUCUCAUGGAGAUGAAGAAGAACGACAGCGUGAUCGACGUUUAGGGUGGUCAAUUCGGCACCUCGACCCAUAUAGCCUAUAUAGUCCCAUAUAGCCAUAUAGGACCUAUGUAGAGGGGCCCGUAAGGGAUACACGGCGUCCUGAGGCAGGGGCAACCAUAAUGACUUUGUUCAUAAGCUAGCACAGAUCGAGACAUUUAAAUACCUUUCCCCCGGAUUUCCAGAGGCGGGGCUUACCAAUACUACCCAUUAGUUCCCCAAUUUAAGACGUAGUUACGAGACUAAAAAGAAAACAACGAUACGAAAUCGGUAUUAGAACAACCAAACACUGAACACUGAAAAUGAAGAACGCAGGACAUCACAGCCUUUUGCCCAACUUCGUAGCUAAAGUAACGAAUUCUAUGACUAGAAUUUACGGAUUUUUUGUUCUUGCAGCAUCAGCACUACGAUUACGAAUAUUAUACCAAAGUUUAGGGAGUUUCAAAAACUUAUAUAAAGACCGCAGAACCCACAGAGGCAUUAUAUAUUUUUGUUUAAACUUUCAUUUAUUUUUCAUAUAUAUUUUACUUUGUUGAUUUAUUAUUUUUAUAAACAAUAUUUUUUUUUUAAAAACUAAUCCAUCUACACCGAAUAUGAAUAUGAGCUAAUUUCGCUUUAAUAAUGUGUAUAUUU